AUGUCCAAUCCUAUUUUACCUCUCACCGGGGGACCUGGUGCCGGUCCAUCUUCCGCAUCGAUAUACUCCACCGAGGGGAGAUCUCAGUCUACAGAUUGGAGUGCGUUAGGUGCGAAUGUAGGGAUGGGAGAGGGAAGGAGCAGAGGGUUGCCGUUGGUCUUGAGGAGGUUGACCAAGUUUAGGAGUAUGGACUUCGAGCUCGCCUUUUGGCAAUUAACGUAUCUGGUAGUAGCUCCUAGAAGGGUAUACAAACAGACGUAUCACCAUAAACAAACGAAGAACCAAUGGGCCAGGGAUGAUCCAGCAAUGUUACUUCUGAUAGCAGGAUGUUUAGCAGUAACAGCAACAAUCUGGUCCCUCCUCUACCGAUUUACCCCCCUCCAAACCAUCUUCCUAAUACUCAAAAUGGUAUUCCGUGAUUUCCUCCUAUUCUCUCUAGGUAUCUCAUUGGUAUUAUAUUUGAUAUCCAACAAAUUGUUAUUAUCAUCUUCGUCCCAACAAUCAUCAAUGAUCGACGAGAACAAAGUGGAAUUUGCAUAUUCGUUUGACGUAUCGGUAAAUUCCUUUUUCCCCUUCUUCCUUACGGUUUACGUAGGGUUGUUGCCUUUGGUAGCGCUGGUGGUGAGAGAUAAUUGGAUUUGUCUAUGGGUUGGAAACACCAUCUUCCUAAUAGCUUCUGUUCAAUACAUCUACGUAACUUACCUAGGCUACGUCGCAUUACCGUUCAUCGCCAGAUCGGAAUUACUCUUAUCUCCCUUAUUACCUUUAUUCGGUGGAUACCUCCUCAGUCUGUUGGGUUUCAAUAUCGCUAAAUUCACUUUGGAAUUUUACUUCGGACAGGCGUGGAAAUAG